AUGGAUUUUCGACACCUUGAGAUUUUGUUCACAGCUGGUGCUCCAUUUUUUUCAUUCUCCUCAUCGCUGCAGCUGGCAAUUUCUCCAAAAACUCACUCAUGUGAUGUAUGUGAUCGAAGUUUCAAAAAGCCAUCAGACUUGGUGCGACACAAGCGAGUUCAUACAGGCGAAAAACCGUAUUCAUGCGGUAUUUGCGAGCGUUCGUUUCGCGUCAAAUCGACCCUCUAUCAGCAUCUGAAAAUACAUGAAGACAUUGGAAAUGCACGUGAAAUGUGCACAGUGUGCGGUAAAUAUUACUGCUCGCUGUCGUCGCUGCGUCAGCAUCUCUAUUUGGCGCAUGCCGAGGAGCGGAUGUUCAAAUGUACCGAGGAAACAUGUUACGAAAGAUUCAAGUCAGUUGGAGAAUCUUCAAAAUUCUCCUUGAAAUUUCGAUAUUUCAAGCUUCAGUUGAAACUGCAGUAG